GGAGGCGGGGCCUCCUAGGAGAAGCCAAUCAGCGAGUGUCCCGAGCGGGCGCCGAACUGGCUGCUGGAAGGCGGCUUUUUAAACUCUAUUUUUAAAUCGCCCGCCGCCUUGAGGGGAGCCGUUGAUUGCAUGUGGAAGAUACGAGGGUUUGCGACUACAGGACACUUUCUGUUUUUGGAGAAAAAACUGUAGAUCAUGAUGUGAACAUCAUUAACACUGCACAUCUUUCAAGACAUGUUGUAUCCCUCAGACGAAACCUGUUUAGUCAGACCCCAGCUAUGAGAAUGAUUCAACAAACUCUUCACUUGCAGGGAAAUGCUGAUCCUCAAAUAAGCUUGCUUCUGUGUAAGCAGUGGACUUUAUACGCUGUCACUCCUCUGUACAAAUUCUCUUAUGGACAGCUGAAAGAAUAUUCUAGACAGUUGAGUCGCUUUAUUGCAACUGAAAGUCAAAGGAGACCUGUGGAAAUUGAAUAUGAACUUCAAUUUAAAGUGACGUUCUCUUCAUUCUCAGCUUUGAAAAUCACAGAACAGGAACCAGAUGCAGUUCUCAUUCAAAUCACGAAAAGGCCUCAGGUGGCAGCUAAAAAUGCAGAAGAGAAAGUGGUGUGGAUGGGCUGGUUUACUUGUACUGGUGGAAAUGACCUUUUUGAGAUUGUUGAUGAGGAGUUUACUUUUUUGCCCUUGUUCCUUGUGAAUGGGGCAAAGGCUCUCACGGUCCUUGUAGAAACUUGGCUUCAACAGACCUUUGACUGUUGUCUGAGCCCCUUGCACAUCACCCCUAUCAGUCUUUCCUGGAUGGCUGCAAUGUGGACUGGGUGCCCUAUGGAAAAUCCUACGGUUCCAACAGAGCUGACUUUCUCUACACUUGGCACAGCUUACCCUCUGGAUAUUUCCUAUUCUAUCCAUCCUGAAGAUGCAAAAGCCCUUUGGGAUUCAAUCCACAGCACUCCAGGAGAAGUCAGGCAAGAAGAAGUGGAAUUAUUCAUGGCGUGCCUUUACAACCACUUCCAUAGACACUUCAAGAUCUACCUGUCAGGCACAAUACUGGUGAAAGUCUCCACAUCAGUAGGUUCUGCCCAUUCUGUUGGGAAAAUAAAGAUUUUUCAUGCUCAACAUCUGAUUUCAUUGAUGGCAUUCCUAACAGAACUGGCAGUUUUAAAAAUAUGAUUUAAGUGUUGUACCAUCUAUGCUUUUGCUGUAGAAAGUAUAUCCAAUACAAAUAUGACUUUUGUGUGUG